CCAGCAGCCUGGACUCCAUUAAUAGACCAGCGAGACAGUUUGCCUCUCUAAGGCAAAGACAAACGCCUGCUUGGGUCCUCCCUGCGAAGUCAACGUGAAAAGUGACGAUGGCGGAAGUUCUGAAGGGCCUCAAUGUUCUGGGAACACUCAAGGAGUCCAUGGAGAGCAACAAACUUUCUGACGUCAGGGACGCUGUGGAAGAUCUCCUGUUGAGCCGAAUCAAUUUGGGAAUUCUGGGCGACCGCAGUCCUGAAAAAUACACCUUCAUGAACUCUCUUCGUGGGCUGGGUCCUGGAGAUGAAGGAGAAGCUCCAUCACCUUCCCUCAGCGACCCUGGGGAUAUCGAAGGCUACCUAGACCCCAAACACCAGGACUUUCGCUUGUGGGACCUACUUCCUGUCCCGAAUGUGUCUGCUUUUGACGUGGACAGCUACAUGGAGAAGGUGAAGUUCCUCCGAUACAAUGCUGUGUUUCUGACUUCCACACAGGCGCCUGAAGCUAACGCAGUGGACCUGUUUUCAGCAGCUCGAUCACAACACAAACAAAAUGUGUAUUUGAUCCUCUUCUGUUCUGCCAAAGAAACUGGAGAUGAUCUGGAGCUGAGGAGGAAGGCUUCCGUCGAGGAGCUCGCGUCACACGGAGUCGACCAGCCCAAAGUUUACUUGGUCUUACCCUCCAGUCUGGAGAAACAUGACUUUCCAGGCCUGUUGGAGGACAUCAGCAAAGACCUUCCAGAGAUCAGAAGUCAAGCUCUCCUCCUGGCUUUACCAGCGCUCACGCCAGACCUGAUCACCCAAAAAAAGGAGUCUUUUAAAGCGCUAGUUUGGGCAGCUGCCUCGCUCUCUGGAGGGAUAUCAACCCUCCCUGUUCCCUUCGUGGCAUCCAUGGUGGAUUCAAGUGUAGCGGUUCGUAUCCUGUCAAAAGCCCAGACAUCUCUCUGUCUAGACGACAAGUCAGUCGAGCAGCUUGCCAGGCGGCUGGGAAGGGAACCCGCAGCAUUGAAACGUUUAAGGACUUGUGCACUCUCGGUGGAGGUGAGCAAAGCUGAGGUGAAGAAGCGGCUGGCGGCAGCAGAGAAGGAGCUGGCCACUUUUCCAUCCAAGCUGGUGGAGAUGGCGAUGCCCAGACACGCCCGCUAUGCUAGUCGCUCUUUUGCAGCGAUGAUGCAAGCGCUAAACGCUGCCAUAGAGGAAAUGGCAGUUGAUGCUCAACGGAUACUGACGGAUGCCCAAGCAUGAACAACUCAAACGCACUUGCACGCAGCAACAAUAAAAAGGUUUACAGCCAUCAAUACAAACACUUUUGCCCAUUUAGGAUGUUUUCUUCGUGUGUUUAGCUCGAUUUUUUUGAUGAGCGUUUGAAAAACUGAAAUGCUGGUGUGUGGGUUCUUCUACCAUUGUGAGAACCUGUGUGAGUUUUUAAUCAACAGAGUGGCUGGUCCAAACAAAACUUCAAAACAGCAUAGUCAUGGCAAUUGGGUUUUAGUUUGGUGAGAGUGAAAGUUACAUUUAGACAUUUGUUUGGGCUGGUUAGGGGGAGAGGCAGGAGGAAGCAUUAUGUCAAUGACAGCCUCACUGAGAUGGGAAGACAAACGUGUGUUGACAAUUCUUGCAGCAACUCCCACUGCUUACUAUAUUUAUUUACUAAAAUACAUUCACUUUUAACACGAUGAGAAACACAUAUAUAGACUGAUCCACAGGUAACUGACACUACAACACUAGAAACUGCAACACGUGUCGUUUUUUUUUUAGUCUCACACUUUCUGCUUCACUCUCUCAGAACUCUGAAGAAUAAAAACACUCUCCAAACUGUUUGAUGAUUGAACGGUGUAUUUUCUGGGGAAAAAAAAAGUGUUUCCAGACAGAUGACGGUUUUCAGCAGGUGGACAUUGAACUGGAAGAAUGCUGGCCAGAAGCUGAACAUGGAGAGGGACAGAAGCAGAUCAGAACCUGGACAACAGAGAGCGCUGUACUCAAAUAUUUACCCCUCAGAUGUUUGAUAGUGCCUAAAGUCACAUGCCAUCCGUUGCUAUGUAUCUAAGCAGAAGUGCUGUGCUUAUCUUGUUACAGGACUAGAGUAAUGUUUGCAAAGUGCAUCAGGCUGGUGGUCAUAAUGUUAAAGUUGUGUUGUGUUUUAGAAGUGAAUGAGUGGCUUGUUUGGUUUUCACUUAAGAUAUU